AAAUCCGACCCAUUUUUGGCGGAAGCACACUUUUCUCCGCUUUUUGAUCUAUGCGCAGAAGCAACUGCCUGCAAGCCUUUGCCGUCACGCCCAGAGAGACAGAGGGGAAGGGAGAGAGAGAUGGACGCCCGAUUUGUGGAGCUCACGCAGGUGUUUGAGCGAUUCAAGUCGGCCUUUUCGAGGAACGAUCUCGAGACAUGCAACUCCCUCAUCUCCAGGCUCAAGGUCAUGUUAACUGAAUUUCCUAGCCUGCCUCCGUUGUUCCAGAGAUCUCCUAAUGCGGUUAAUGAGUUGAUAAUAGCAAGGGACAUAUAUGAGCAUGCUGUUGUUCUCAGUGUUAGGACUGAAGAUCAAGAUUCCUUUGAGAGGGAUUUCUUUCAACUUAAACCUUACUAUACUGAUACAAGUGGCCUUAUUCCUCCAUCACCUCAGGAGUAUCAAAUCUUGGGCCUAAAUCUUCUAAGGCUUCUGGUUCAGAAUAGAAUAGCAGAAUUUCACACUGAACUGGAGCUUCUUCCUGCUAGUGCAUUGGAGAAUCCUUGUAUUAAGCAUGCUGUAGAGCUCGAGCAGUCUUUUAUGGAAGGAGCCUACAAUCGUGUGCUAAGUGCUAGGCAAACUGUUCCACAUAGCACCUACGUCUACUACAUGGAUCUCCUUGCAAAGACAGUCCGUGAUGAAAUAGCAGGUUGCAGUGAAAAAGCCUAUGAUUACUUGACCAUUGUUGAUGCUAAACAGAUCUUGAUGUUCUCUUCUGAACAAGAACUUUUAGAAUAUAUUACUGAGGAGCAUCCUGAUUGGGAGGUAAGAAAUGGCUGUGUGUUUUUCCAGAAGGCGAAGGAAACAACACCUUGCAAGGAGAUCCCAUCUUUGCAGCUCAUCAAUCAGACACUCAGCUAUGCAAGAGAACUAGAACGCAUUGUGUGAUGGUAUCCGACAACAUGUCAAAAUUGUGAUGUUAUUUUCUCCCCUUCAACUUGUUGCUCCUGGAAGGAAAAGGGAAUUUAUGAGGGUACACAUGUGCUGCUGUUUGACAAUGUCGAUGACUGCACAAUGUAGAUUGCCUUUCACUUCUGUCUCAUUUUUCUUUGCCAUUUCUUUCUCCUUCACAAUUUUAUGUUUAAUUGACAUGGUAUAGAAUCUACAUUUAGAAUUUUGUUA